UCCUUUCUAUGUUUAUUUCUCUCUGUAGCAAUUAGCAAAGCAAACCCCAAACCGAAGCCUUAGCCUCUCUCCUUCCGUCUUUCCCUUUCUCAUCUUCUAAACAAUUUCUUCUUUCUUUAGUUUACUAUUAUAUAUAUAAAUAUCUAUAUUCGUGAAACUGAAGAUUUUUUUUUGCGUUAUCGGCAACUGGUUUCUUCUGUUCGGACUCGGACCGAUCGAGUACUUGAAAUUCUUGUUCCGUAGACAAGUUUAUACCUAGUACAGAAGACCGUGCAAAGCAAAGAAGCAAAAUAAGAUCAAUCGCUUUCAAAUUCGUAACCGAUCGAUCACUUGUAUGUUUUUGUUUUUGUUUCCGGUGAGAAAUCAAUUUUGGAGCAGCAACCAAUCCAUCUGUCCUAUCUUAGCUUAGCUUUUCUCCGAAAUUUCUUCACACCUAGAACUAGCUAUAUAGUAUUUGACCGAAUACCUAAUGGAUGGAAAUGAUGUUGUUGGAUCCGACGAUGGAUGGGGUGGAGUGUUGAUGUAAUCGAUCGAUCCUAAGGGAUGCAGCUGCAGUUAUAUAUUUUGAAGAUGAGAGAUUGAGAAUUGGUAAUUAAGUUGUAGAAAUAGAAAGUAGUGGUAGGUAGGUAAUAUUAAGAUUAUCGGUGGGAAGUGGCGAUAUCAUGAGAAUGGCGGGGUACAACCACAACGAACAAGGUGGUUCUGGUUCUGGUUACGGGCAACGACUACUGAAUAAUCCGACGACGGAUCAACUGCACACGCCAUCCUCCUCCCUUCCGCUUCCGCUUCGCCUUCACCAAUUUAACAACUCCAACUCCAACUCCAAAUUAGACUCCCCUCAAAACGCGCCCCCUUGUAAUUCUUCCCUCAUCCGCCGCCCUCGGGGCCGUCCUCCGGGCUCCAAGAACAAGCCCAAGCCUCCCAUCAUCGUCACCCGCGACAGCCCCAACGUCCUCGGCUCCCACGUUCUCGAGGUCUCCGCCGCCGCCGACAUCCUCGACAGCCUCUCCAACUACGCCCGCCGGCGGGGCAGAGGCCUCUCCAUCCUCUCCGGAACCGGCACCGUCGCCAACGUCACCCUGCGCCAGCCUGCCGCUUGUGCCUCCCCGCCCGGAAGCGUCCUCACGCUUCACGGGAGGUUCGAGAUUCUGUCGCUGACGGGGACGGUGCUUCCUCCGCCGGCCCCACCGCAAGCGGGCGGGCUGUGCAUAUUCCUGGCGGGCGCCCAGGGGCAGGUGGUGGGAGGCACCGUGGUGGGGCCCUUGGUGGCAUCGGGACCAGUGAUUUUGAUGGCCGCGUCGUUCUCGAACGCGGUGUUUGAGCGGUUGCCUGUGGAGGAGGAAGAUGCGGAGGAGGGUGGGGGGGCGGGAGGUCAGCCCACGGCAUCGCAGUCGUCGGGAGUGACCGGAGGUGGAGGGGGACAGAUGGGGGACGGGGGCGGGAAUAAUAAUGGAAAUGGAGGAGUUGCGUUGUUGGGUAUGGGAGGGAGCGCAAUUGGGGUUGGGGGAUAUCCAUUUGCAGGAGAUUUGUUUGGUUGGGGAAGUGGAAGUGGAAGUGCAAGCGCAACAAUAAAACCUCCUCCAUUUUAGUUGUAUGCUUUUGGUUAAUUAGUACGUAGUACAUGUAUGGUGUGGUGUUGCGUUAUGGUAGAAUCGACAUCUUAUAAUAAAAACAAAUACAGAGUUGGAGUUUGAAUAAGGUAACUAAUGUUGUGGAAGUUGGAAAUUAGGGUCGGGGCGGGGGCUUGGUUUGAGGUUAGAGUUACGUUUGUAAUUGUAAGUGUGUGAAUGUGAUGGGUGUGGCAGUGGGGGAGAUGAUAUAGGAAAUUAAGAUCAAUCGGUGAUCGUAUCGGAGCUGAAUUUUUCCAUUGGGCAGUCACACAAGUAACUGAGAAGAUCACACAACAUUGCCAUGGCCAAUUGGGGAUUGGAGGAGAGACCUGGUUAGAUACUCUUUUUUUUUUAUAUUAAUUAUAUUUUUUCCUAUUUGUAAAUCAGAAAUAAAGAGGCUAAGGAGCAUAAAUUAAUUAUGAAUGAAUUAGUUUCUUUUUUCA